CCAAAAAUGUAUGUACAAAUGUACAAGAUUUUGCCUUCUUCAACUUGCCGGCGUCAUACUCUUCACAAAUAUGCAUGCUUUCCUUUGAGCAAAAGAAAAAGUCAUCAUCUAAUUUCUUUAUGUUUAUGUAACCCAAUAAAGGAUAAGCACUCUUUUGUAACAAAAAUAAAAUAAAAUAAAAAAAUUGACAAUCUCUUUCUUGUCAAGUAAACCAAAAUCUAAAUCUAUUCAAUCCCAGACAUUGACAAAAGAUGGUUGGAAAACUAGGAAAACCAAAAUUUGAACUUAAAAGUUUUCCAACCACCAAUCUCUGAAGUGAUUCUACUGACUUCCAAUCCAAGAAUAUUAAAAUUUUAUCAGAUUUGGCAUAUACCUAAUGUCUAAGGAAUGCAAUGGCAUUGCUUGCAACAACAGAAUAACAUAUACUUCAAAAUUUCCUAUUCUUGGCUUGAAUUUAGUAUCACUUUUGUUUGGACUGCUAUGAAACCACCACCAAUCUCGAGCGAACACCGAUCAAACCCUAACAUUUCAAAACUUCUAUUUGCAGGCAUCAAUAAAAAAUGUUAGCUUUCUUCUAGUCAACCCAUGUGUUUUACAGUGUAUGUACUAACCCAUGUGUUUUACAGUGUAUGUACUAAGUGCGAAAAGUCAUCAACGUGAUGCAUUGAACAUAUAUCCUUCUCAAUGCUUACUAGAUUUUUUCGAGGAGUUUAUAUAAAGAAGGCAAUAAGGCUCAUCCUCCCCACAAGGAUGCUUGGUGUGAAGAAAAAGAUGGAUAGCAAUCAUAGCAUAGCCAAAAAAUGGAAGCACCUAAGCGGCGAAAACAAAUGGGAUGGGCUAUUGGAUCCUCUAAACAUUGAUCUCCGUCGAUACAUAAUCCACUACGGAGAAAUGGCUCAAGCUACUUAUGAUGCCUUCAACUCAGAGAAGACAUCAAAGUAUGCUGGAAGCAGCAGAUAUGCCAGAAAAAACUUCUUCUCCAAAGUUGGUUUAGAGAAAGGCAACCCUUUUAAGUAUAAUGUGACUAAGUUUGUGUACGCGACGUCACAGAUUCCAAUCCCUGAGGCCUUCCUCAUUAAGUCUUUGUCAAGGGAGUCUUGGUGCAAGGAAUCAAACUGGAUGGCGUAUAUUGCUGUGGCUACAGAUGAAGGGAAGGCUGUGUUGGGCAGGAGAGACAUUGUGAUUGCUUGGAGAGGCACUGUGCAGUCCUUGGAGUGGGUUAAUGACUUGCAAUUUAAUUUGGUUUCUGCGUCAAACAUACUUGGUGAGGAAGGUGAUCCAAAGGUGCACCAAGGUUGGUACUCCAUAUAUACUUCAGAUGAUUCACGCUCGCCCUUCAACAAAACCAGUGCCAGACACCAGGUCAUUGAAGAAGUUAUGAGACUAAUAGAGCAAUACAAGGAUGAGGAAAUUAGUAUUACCAUAACAGGGCAUAGUUUGGGUGCAGCAGUUGCCACACUAAGUGCAAUUGACAUUGUUGCCAAUGGACUAAACAGGCCAAAGGACAUGCCAAACAAAGCCUGCCCAGUUACAGCCAUUGUGUUCGCCAGCCCUCGAGUUGGAAACUCGAACUUUGAGAAGGUCUUCUCUGGCUACAAAGAUCUUCGAGCAUUGCGCAUUCGUAACGCUUUAGAUGUUGUCCCUAACUACCCAAUUUUAUUGGGGUACUCCGACGUGGGAGAAGAGUUGAAAAUCGACACGCAAAAAUCCAAGUACUUGAAGAGUCCUGGAGGAGUAGCGAGUUGGCAUAACAUGGAAGGGUACUUGCAUGGAGUUGCGGGAACCCAAGGGAGUAAAGGAGGGUUCAAGUUGGAAGUCAAGCGUGACAUAGCACUGGUAAAUAAAAGUGUUGAUGCUUUGAAGGAGGAGUAUCUUAUACCGGCGUCGUGGCGUUGUGAGGAGAACAAGUGUAUGACCCAACUGGAAGAUGGUUCUUGGGUGCUCAAGGACCAUGAGGAUGAUGAUGAUCAAUUCUGAUUACUUUAGAUUCUUGAUUUCUUGAGUGGAUUUAUAUUUAGAAGAUAUCAGUUAUGUGUGUGUCUUGGUUGCUCUGUCACAUGA